AUGUCGUUUAGUUCAUGGAGACAAUUUCAAUUUUACGAUGUUACCCCAAUUAAGGAUCCUCAGACGGGUACAAGCUCGCUUCUUUACUCCGACCCUACAAUUUCAGCAGCAGCGUCUUUGGGUCCUAAUAAGCUCGUUAUAGCUGUUCAGUCGAAAGUGAUAAAGAUCAUUGGUCUCGGAGAAUUGAAACUGAAAUACCAAUUCACUGCUUACGCUGACGAGUUUCAAAUUUCGUACCUGUACGCGAUAUCUGAAAACUUUCUGGUCAGUGUCGGAGAAAAUCUGGGAUCACCCUCUGUCAUAAAGCUCUGGAAGCUGGACAAGUGUCCCAGGGAUGCGUUUGAUUUCCAUGCUGCCAUUGAAAUUAAGAACGAGAAAAAUACGUUCCCCAUUUCUGCCGUUUCGAUAUCUCAGGAUGCGACGUGUCUUGUCAUCGGGUUCGCAAAUGGUCGAAUUAUUCUGGUUAGAGGGGAUUUAUUGCGUGAUCGAGGUUCAAAGCAACGAGUCAUUUACGAAGAUUCCAAUAAAGAGCCCAUAACGUCACUUUAUCUCGAUUCCACGUCAAAUAUCUGCUUUGCGUCCACAACUUCGUCGAUUUUUGUACUCGCAACGAAUGGUCGCAACAACGGCUUGCCUGAGACGGUUUUAAACUCGAAAUCUGGAGUAGACCUAAAUUGCAGCUCUUUGAAUUUCGAUGAUACAGAGCUUGUGUGCGCUACGUCCGAGUCCCUCGAAUUUUAUAAACCAAACGGGGAAAGACGCUCACUGGUUGUCGAUAUUCCUCUGCGGAGAAGAAUUCAAGUGAUUGAUCAAAGCCGAUUGCUAGUUAUCAGUGGGACAGAGGCACCAAACAGUGCCGCUUUGAAUAUUGAUGGCUUAGUGUCUUCCAAUAACCGCGCCUUGGUGCUUGAUGUCCGAAAUAAGUUUGUCACUAUGACAACUUUGAUCUCGGGGAAUGUUCUAGAUGUCUUCACCGGUGAAGUAGGUGGAAUAACGUCGCUCUAUAUACUCAGCUCAAAUGGAGAACUUUACAAGCUGCAAGAAAAGUCUGUCGAUGAGAAACUACACAUCUUAGAACAAAAACAGCUUUACGAGAUAGCGUUGGAGCUAGCAAAACAGCAGGACAUAGAUGAAACGAAAAUGCAAAGCAUCAGAAAGGAAUACGCUGGUCAUCUCUACGAAAACGGAUCGAGGUCUGCUUCUGUUGAUCAGUAUAUUCAAUGUAUUCCAAUAACAGAAAUUAGUGAAGUGAUCGCCAAAUUUGGAACAGAGAACACGACAAGUAUUAGCGAUGUGCGAAAUCUCUCGCGCUAUCUAAAAGCUGUCAUUAGGCGCAAUCUUGGCAAUCCUGAUCAUGUCACGCUGUACCUGAUAUGCUUGAUUAAACUGAAGGAUGAAGAUUCUAUUGAAGACUUCAUUUCACAUUUUAGUCGAAAUGGUAAAUUAAUGGAUGAAGCCGAACCCGAAAGCAGCUGGAAUACAAAUGACGAUGCCUAUUUUUUCUCGGAUAAAAUUUUAUUUGAUCUGGACCUUGUCUUGAGAAUGUUGACUGAAUCAAACUUACUUAACGAGUCUUACAAGCUAGCUAGGAAAUUUUCAAAAGAUCCUAUCGUGGUCGUGGAAACUGUUCUGGGUAAUCUCCGUGAUGCACAUCGGGCUCUUCUCUACGUCAAAAGUUUGGCGGUCGAUGACGCUCUAAGGGUUUUGAUCAAAUACUCGAAACAUCUUCUACAGGUUUUGCCGAACGAUACCAAUGCACUACUCAUUGAGCUUUUCACGGGCCGAUACAAGCCGAACGCUUAUAAUGACAGCAAUCACAAGGAAUGUUCGAGUGAUGAUUUAGUCAAAGACGUUUUUUACAGUUACAGCACCUUCGUUAGAGGCAUGCUUUCAUCCUCUGGAGAUGUUAAUGGCCCAGAGGUAGAUCAUCCAUCGACUUAUCAGCCCCCAAAACCCGCUCUUAUCUUCCCAUCUUUCAUAGGACAUUCGUUUGAGUUCGUUGUCUUUUUAGAAGCCUGUCUCGAAAGUUACAACAAAUUUGAUGCCCUGCCAAAUGACAAGCAAGUUGUUUUAACGACGCUUUAUGAUACGUACUUGUCACUGACUUUAGAAGACAAAGAAGAGAGACAAAAAGAAUGGAAAGAAAAAGCAUCAAAGGUCUUCAAAGAAAGUCAAAAGUUGGUUUCGGAUUCCAAGAUUUUACAAGGCGGUGACAAAUUAAGGGCUACGUCGGGCGUUGAUAACUCGCUCAUGAAGCUUAUAUCGCAUGUUAAUCAGUUAUCGCUCCGACAAAAUUCCACAUCAGAUGACGAAGGUGAGUUUGAACUAGAGUUCGAUGAGACAAUGAAUUUUGCCGAUACUUUCAGAUCAAAUCUACUUAGUCGUAGCCCACAAUACUGCAUGUUUUUUUUGGAAAAAUAUGGGGAUAAAGAACCGUCGCUAUAUGUUAUGGCGCUUUACCACUUCAUUUCGUCCAAGUCUGUCUUCCAGGGAAUUGGAGGAGAAACUGUCUACAGGCAGAAAAUCUUGGACAAAGUCCUUGAGCUAAAUUUGAUUCCGAUCCUGGAAAUUCUUCAAAUUUUGGCAUCUACUUCCGUUGCCACCAUGAGCCUGGUUAAGGAUCUACUUAUAACCCAUAUUCAGCAAGAAAACCAAGAAAUCAAAAACAAUGAGAAGCUUAUAGAAUCCUAUAAAGCUGAUCUGGCAGAAAAACGAGGUAUUCUGGCCCAACUCAGCGAAGCAGACGAAGGUCAGUCCAAAAUACAAAUGAAAGACAAAAUAUGCAAUUUGUGCCAAACUGUAAUAAAUCUGCCUCUAGUUUACUUCAAAUGCGGGCACAUUUUUCAUCAGAAUUGCCUGAACGAAGAGACUUCCUUAGAAGAGGGUGACAAACUAUACAGAUGUCCAAUUUGCGUCGUUAACUUAAAAACAACAGAGGGAUUGAUAGCCAAUAGAGAGGAAGUGAAGAGAAACACUCAACUGCUAGAGAUUGGGCUUGCCAGUAAGCAAAACUCCAGGGAUCGUUUCAGAGUUGUUGCAGAAUUUAUAGGUAAGGGAACUUUGGAGCCGUCGGGUAUGAUCUUUGAUGAUGAUCUUCGAUAA